UUUAUCUACAAUUUUUCAUAUGUUUUUUAUUAUGCGUAAACCUUAAAAAUAUAUUUAUCUUUAGUGUUCAGUAUGACCAGAUAAAAAUAGAAAAGACGGAUAUAUUUUAGUCUACCUCUAGAUCUGAUUCUCUCUAUACAUAGUUUACUAUCUUGAUUCCAUUAAGCUUGGAUAUCUGGAUAAUGAUUCCACCCUUAUAACGGUAAAAAGUGGUAUUCGAGCCAGUGGAACCCGACUACAAAAUGCAUUACAAUGCUUAAGGAGAUUUAAGAGUCCAUAAGUGACUUAUUAAAUAUAUCUAUAUAAUUUUCUUUAUAUAUUUUGGAGGCCGAAUGCCAAUGUUUUAUUCCUGGUCCUGCAAUGCUUGGGAAAAGUUUGCACGAAUGCUUAAACUUGUAACAUUGUACUUCAUCCCUCUGCAUUCAGUAAAUAAAAGCCUGCAGUGACAACUCUGACUCGGAUGUAUAUGAUAUCUUUUUACUUUAUAAAAAUAUGUAACUAGUGAUUUAUGCUAUAUUUUAAACAUUAUGUAUAUGCUAGAGCAUUUAUUUGUAUUGAUUUUUUCCCAAAGCUAUUUAGUUAAUUGUAAAGUAUUGCUUAGUUUAUGACAUAUAAGCUAAUUAGAGUUAAUAAAAAUUUAAUGUCUUAAAUGCCAUGCUGGCUAAUAGAUUUUAGGAAAUAUAAGAAUAUGCAAGUUUUUUCAUAGAUAGGAUGGUUUUAGAAAGGGAUCUCCACAAAAUAAAGACAAAUAAUAAUAGGUAUUAACAUUUUUUAAAAUGAUGGUAAUAAAAUAAUAACCUUUUAAUAGACAAAAGACAAAAUAGCAAUGUCAGCAAGUAAACCAUUAAUAUGAAAACAAGAAAAAGUAAAUAGAAAUGUAUAAAAAUUCUAUAAAAUACGGAUUUGUUAUCAUAUAUAUCCUAUUAUCAUAAUUUGGGAAAAAUAUCUAGAAGGAUUUGUUAUCAUAUGUAUCCUUCCUGUCAUCCUUUUAGAGUAAUUAUCAUAGUUGUGGAGGCAUAUCUAUUGUCUGUCUUCUAUUAUAAAUGGUGUGGAUGAGUUAUAACUGAUAUUUAAGGACAUAACAUGUGAACAAGAGUAGAAAGCAUCAUCAAGAAAUUUGUAAAUUUCUCGAGUUUUGAGUUUGUCCUGUCGCCAUGAAGACAAAGGAGAUGGAAGACAGCAAUAACGAAGGAGUGAUCACAACCUUCAGACAUAGCUUGGACUCAAUCCCUCUUGAUCUAAUAAGCGAUAUACUCUUAAAAUUUCCUGCAAAAUCCCUUGUCGAGUUCACAUGUAUAUCAAAUACAUGGUACUCCAUAAUCCGCAGCCAAAUGUUCAUAAAAACUUUCAUGUCAAUAUCUAUCUCUCGACCUCGUAUCCUUCUCACCUUCAAACGUAACCACAACGGCGAAAAUGAACUGCUCUUCUUUUCGUCGCCUGAUACUUCUCAAGUAUCAAAUGAUUCAUCAUCAGUAGUGUCCAGACACGAGAUGACGAUGUCAAGAACCUCUCUUGGUGAUUACAUAAUCCAUAGUCCUUCUGUUCGUGGCUUUUUAUGUUGUUCUCAUCAACAUCAAUACAUGGUAUGUAAUCCAACUACAAGACAAGUCAUAAACUUACCCGAGGAUCAUCGUUUUGACCACGGUACAAUGAAAUGUUACAUGCAUUUGGGAUACGAUCCAAGCAGUGAUAAGUACAAAGUGUUGCGAAUGGUCACCCAACCGGGGAGCAACUUAGUUUCUGAGCAUAGUGUGUAUACAUUGGAACGUCAACAAUGUUCUUAUUCUCCGUGGAGGUGCGUUGAAGGUGAUAUAUCUAACUAUAUUCCUAGUUCUAAUGGCGUGUGCAUUAACGGAGUUGUGUAUUAUGAAGCUAGGAUAAAGCCAUGGAUUAGCUCUGUAGUACUGGUUACUUUUGAUUUUGGUUCUGAGCGUUUUUGUCAGAUUAAAACACCAGGAGAAAAGUUUACUUGUCUAGCAAACUACAAAGGGAAACUAGCAGGCCUUAGUCUCCUAGGUAAUAGUUUUAAUUUGUGGGUUCUCGACGAUGUGAAGGAGCAAACCUGGUCGAAAACAGAUACAUUUGUUUUGUCCCAUACUUUGUGGAAUAUACAGCUAAAAUUUUCAGGAACCACUGAUGCUGGGGAACUGGUUUUUGCACCAAGUUCAUUUUCUGAUGACUUCCAUGUUUUCUAUUUCGAUAUAAAGGAAAAGACAAUGAGAAGAGUUAAGCUUGAAGGAGUCACAAACGAUGAGGAGUUUAGAUGUCGUAGAAAACAUCUUUGUUAUGUAUCAAUCUCAUGUGACCAUGUGGAAAAUAUUUACCUGUAUUAAUUCAAAGUAAAAGUUGUUCUAGUUAACUUUUUGUCAUUUUAUCUCUUUUUAUUUUAUGUUUAGCUAACCUUUAUUGACAAAAAAAAAAGAAGCUAACCUUUAUUAAUUCCAAUAAUGAAUUUCAAAGAGAGUUUGGCUAUAAACGGUAUCUCUCUGUACUUUAUGUUCAACCUUGAUUCAAACCUAAAUCAUUGUCUUCCUAGAAAUAUCUUAUGCAGCUUGAUGAUACUUCUUUUUUCGUUUAGGAUUUGUGUUUAAGAAGUUUUUUCUUUUGAUAUUCUGGAGUACGGUUUAGGACCCUCUUUAGUGAUACACAAAAAAAUCUUCUAUAUUUCAUUCUAAAAUAGAAUAACUUUAUUAUAGAGUUAAUUUGCUCCAAAAUAUUAUAUAAAUUACAUAAAUAUUAUAUAAAUUACAAAAUGAAAAUUAACUAAAAAUAUUAAAAUAUAUAUAUAAGCAUGAAAAACUAGGAUUAAAUAUUAAAUAGCACUAAAAAUUUGAAAAAAAUAAACAUGAUAUAAAUAUAAUCUAAGAGAAUACUUAUUUUCUUUGUCAAACAAACGAUUAUAUUAAAAGGUGUUAAGUUAUAACAUCUGGAGCUAGACUUAACGAUAACAGGAUAAAAACUGGAGGGAUCCUCAACAGUUUGAUGAACACCAACAUAACAGCAAAACAAGACAUAACAAACUUAAAGAGAGAUACUUGCUCGACAACCAGAUAAUACAUAGAUAAUGUUUUGUAAUUUAUUAUUUUUGUGUUUCAAUCUAACUGCUUUUAAUAUUUAAAUUAUUAAGAAUAUAUAAUGUUUGUUGGCUAUUGUUAUUUUGUUGAAGUUUUAUGAGUUGCGAUUGUUUAUAAUCCUUUUAGUGCCACUAGAUUUCAUUUUUUCAGUCCGUAAAUAGAAUAAAUGUUUAAUCUCAAAUCCAAAUGUCUUAAUUUGAUUAUUAUUAUUAUUGAAAAGAUUUUGAUCCAAAAUCUACUUCUCAUAAAUAAAACUAUAAAACAAGAAAAAAUAUAAAUUAAUACAUUAAUUACCAAUAUGAAUAUUGAAGUUUUAUAAUUUAUAAUAUUUAUUUAAAAAAAUUAUUUAAUUUAACAAUUUAUUUUUAUGAGAAUAAACAUUAUGAUUAAAAACUUUUUAGGAAAAAUAUAUUAGUCCUCACAAGGUGUGGGCCAUAAAUUAGUAUAUAUAUAUAUAUAUAUAUAAAAUAUGUCCUUCUUGUUAUCAUAAUUUGGGAAAAAUAUCUAUAAGGAUUUGUUAUGAUAUUUAUCCUUGUCAUCCUUUUAAAGUAAAUAUCAGAGUUGUGGAGGCUUACCUAUUGUGUUUUUCCUCCAUUUAUAAAAGGCGUGAACGAUUUCAUCAAGAUAAUACAUGUACUAUUGAACCAAAUUAAAAAUAAUACAUGUGAACGAUUUCAUCAAGAAAUUCUCGAGGUAAUAUUUCUUGGAGUAUCAAAUUCAAGUUUGUAUCAUUUGAAAUAUAAGCCUUUGUUGUUUAGAUUACUCAAUAUAUUAGAUGGUUUUGGAUGUGCCCUAAAAAGUAGUAUCUUUUUUUUAAUGAAAAAAAAGUAGUAUCUUUUUUUUAAUGAAAAAAGGUAGUAUAUUUUUUAGGUUUAAUUUUGUCUUGUCACCAUGGAGACAAAGGAAACAGAAGACAACAAUAACGAAGGAGUGAUCACAACCGUCAAAAACAGCUUAGGCUGGAUCCCUCUGGAUCUAACGAGCUUGAUACUCUUAAAACUACCGGCAAAAUUCCUUGUCGAGUUCACAUGUGUAUCGAAGACAUGGUAUUCCAUAAUCCUUAGCAAAAUGUUCAUAAACACUUUCAUGUCAAUGUCUAUCUCUCGACCUCGUCUCCUUCUCACCUACAAACGCAAUGAAAACAACGGAAAUGAACUUAUCUUCUUUUCGUCUCCUCAUAUUUCUCAAGAAUCAAAUGAUUCAUCAUCAGUAGUGUCCAGGAUGUUAACACUAGACGAGUAAAGCUGAAUAAACAAAGUUUUGUAAUAGAUUGUUUAAAGAAGAUUUCUAAUAAUACAUAAGUGGUGUUUGUA